UUUCUGAUUUUUCCAAACCAAACAAAAAAAAAAAAAAAUGUUGCUUUCGACUCGCUGUGGCAUUCGACAGAUGGCUUUGCCAUCAACCCAGGCUCUGAUGGCAUCGGCGAUGAGGCUGGCGCACAAGAGCCAUGCAACUCCAAACGUCAAGUCGAAAUCCGAGCUGGACCGCCUCCAUGACGAGCAGGUUGGCUCGAAAGGCGAGGACACGGCCAUGUACCCAGAGUUCCAGCCUCCGCCACGCUCCAGCGAUGCGGCAAAUCUCAAGCGGGAUGCGGGCACGCGGGGCAUCAACGCCGCUGCCGAGCGAUUCCUGACUGGGCGAAUGGCCAGCGACUUGCUCGCAGACAAGGCUGAGCGUUUGCGCACGCUCGGGGUCGUGAGCAUGCGUGAAACUGAUACGGCACUCGACGCUGUCCAGCGCAUGGCCGAGCUGAAUCUCGGGUCGGUCAUUGUCGUUCCGUCCAAGAUUGGCGGGGCGGAGGGACAGCCAACCUCAGGCGCUCUCGGCCCCAAGGACACGAGUGUCUCCGCGAUGGGCGUGUUCACCGAAGCACACUACGUGAAAAGCGUGCUGCUCAAGGGGUUGAAUCCAGCCCGAGUCACCCUUGGCGAGGUUGCCGCUCGAGGCAUCACAUGCGUGUCGGCGAACGUUCCUAUUGAGCAGGUGAUGCAGCGUUUCAUUGAUACGCGCGUCCGCAACCUCCCAGUGAUUGCCACAGCCGACACGACCGACUCGAAGGUGUCGCCGCACAGUCUUCCGCGCGUUGUUGGCAUCUUGUCCAUGGGCGAUCUGCAUCGAAGCCUGGUGAUGCGCCUGAACGACUUCCCAUUCAUGGAGUCAGUGCUCGUGCGCGACGUGCUCGCCCUGCCCGAGUCGGGCUUGAAGUUUGGCGUUGUCGACCACACCCUGGACGAGUUGCGGAUUGACCACAACAAGUCUGCUAGCCACGCGCUGGAGCUCAUGAUCAAGCAUCGCACGCACGUUUGCUUUGUUCACCAGGCCAGCUCGUUCCUCGGUCUGCUUUCGAUGCGCAGCUGCAUUCGAGCGGCUGCCGCAGGCCGCGACCUCAAAUCGGUCAAAGUCGAGUCGCUCAUGGAAACGGACAUUACUGUCGUGACGCCCGAAUUUCCGCUUGUUCAGGCGAUGAAGGCGUUGGUCCAGAUUGAACGCUUUGUUUUGCCCGUCUCAACAUACAUCGGGGACACUUUUGAUGCCGAUAUGCGGCUGGCAGGCGUCGUGAGCGUUCUGGAUGUGCUCAACAUGUUCCACUUCAAGUACCAUGCUCUUCGCAUGGCGCAUCACCGCUGAGAGUUGUGCAUUUUGAUGUUUGUUUUUCGGUUGUUUUGCGAGGGACUGCUGUAAAUCACAAUAAAAGGCCUUGCCACA